UGUUUAUCUGGUUUAUAUCUGGAAUUACUGCUGUGUACUCAGUAUUCGAAAGCUAUUUCAAUCUUGGCACAUAUCGUGUAAUAAUAAUUGGCGUAGCAAUUAUCGCUGGGCUUAACAAUACAAUGAGUGCGGCAGGCGGCGUAUCGUCGGAUGACGGACGUUGCUAUGAUGUUGUUGUACUGACUGCGUCUGACAACGUGCAACAGCGAGCGUUUGAAGAGCAACUGGAGAGUAUGAAAGACCAGCUGCCGACGUUUUGCGAGUAUGUGGUUGUAGCUGAUCCUCCUGGUGCUAAGAUUGGCAAUGGUGGCUCAACAAUGGAAGUCGUCAGUGUGCUGGAUGAGAAAUAUGGUGAAAAGCUCAAGAAUUAUCGUGUUCUUCUCAUACAUGCGGGUGGUUUCAGUCAGCGCUUACCGCAUGUCAGUGUCCUGGGCAAAGCGUUCGGUCUAGUGCCAAUCGGUGAUCGUGUCAUGACAUGUCUUGAGUUCUGCAUGGAAGUCUUCUCUGUGUUUCCUAAGCGCAUGUUGCCCGGAAUCUUUUUGUGCUGUGCCGAUGUCUUGUUGGAUUUCAAAUACUCUGGUGACUGGGCCUUUGACAGGAAAGGGUUCACUGCUCUUGCUCACCCUUCACCGCUGGAAAUUGGCACAACACACGGUGUGUUUGUGUUGAAGAAUCCAGAAGAGGCCAUUGAAGCUUACAACCAGUCCAGCUGCGAUGUGCGCAUGGAGUCUUGCCGCUGCUUCCUACACAAGCCAUCCAUUGAUGUUAUGCAAAGCAAGGGCGCAGUUGCCAAGGGAUCUGAAACGAUAUUUACAGACAGUACUUUCUUCUUCGAUUACGACACAGCGAUGCUUCUGUGCAAGUUUUACCGUGCUAAUCGGCCACUUCUGGACGAGAUUGAUGCCUAUGGUGACUUCCUGCAAGCACUUGGAGAAGAGUCGUCAGAUGCGUACACUACGAAUGUUGUGAACGUAUCUAAAGCCACGGAUGGCUUGGUGAAGAUGAGGCAAGACGUGUACAACUUGCUUUCCACCACUGACCUCCACACGUUGCUCAUGUUCCGGUCUGCAUUCUAUCACAUUGGCACGACAAAGGAAUACAUCCAUCAUUUCACCAACGAUCCCGUUCUGCGCCGUGACCUGAAGCUGCGUUCGGCAGUUGAAGUUGCAACGGUUACAACGGAAGGUGACCGGACAAAUGGUGAUGGUGAUGCUGCUGCCAAGAAAGCACCUUUGGCGCACUCUUUCCCAAACCAGUGCCUGAUGGCAUGUCUCUUUGAGCACUUUGACAGUUGCACAAUAUCACCACAUGUGGUACUGGAGUAUUGUCAUAUUGGACGCAAUGUCUCAGUCGGUGAAAACUCCAUUGUUAGCCGGGCGCAUUGUGCUGACAAUGUCAGCAUUCCAGCACAUUCUUUCUUGCACACAAUAGACGUUAAGACGCCCAGUGGUCAGCAUGGCUAUGUCACAGUCGCUCUAGGUAUCCAUGACAGCACAAAGGCAAAGGCACAAGCAGAUCGAUUUGCUGAGUUGAAGUACGCUGGCAAGACACUGGGUGAUGUAGCAUCUUGCCUUCAUUUGCCUGCUGAUGAUAUCAGAAGUCUAUGGUCAGCCGAAGAAACAAACUUUUCGCUGUGGACCGUCCGCCUGUUCCCUAUCUUCGCAACGGCUUCUUCGUCGUUGUCCUAUGGUGUGGCAAUGCUGUCAGCUGUGGCCAGUGGCACCCCGCUAACUACAGACGACUUUCAAUCCGACAUCCUGGAUAGUCCGCAUCGGUAUGGCAUGUUUGACGUGCUGAAGAAUAAAGACACGCAGCCUCUCCUUUGCUGGAGGAAGGACUUGAGGCUGAAAAUUGCAUCUGCAGCAACACUCUAUGAGUGCUAGCCUACUUACUGUACAACUCCAUUAAUUUAUACUCAUGCUAGCACUGGCUAGUACAUCCAUGUAGUCCUUUGCAAUUUCAUGCUACCUGUGUACCCAUGGGACUGGUACUGUAAGGUAUUACAUUAUUAUGAGAGCGAUACUAUUGCUGUUUGGCUAUCUAUUUCUCGCAUACAGUAAGUACAGUUAGUUAUACCUUACCCAUUUUCGAAUUCUUCUCAUUCUUUUCAACUUCAACAUUAGUUUUCAUGUCCAUACUGAAGUCUAUGCAUACUCCAAGCACAUUAUUAGUUUAAUGUCCAAUGUACCUAGCACUGCUGGCAGUGAAUCGUCUAUAUCCUCAAUCAUGCUGCUGUCUUUGCCACCACAACUUGUGUCUGGAGAAAGUUUCGCAACUGUUACUGUAA